CAUGGUCGCGGGCGGUUGAAAGGUGGAGAGCUCUCGUCAAAAGUGCUUUUUUUUUAGAAGAAUUCCUUUUUUUUCCCCUUGAUUUUUUGUUAGAAUUGUUUUUGUAUGGUGGAUUAUUUAGGGGAAAGAAAGGAGAUAGAAGGAGUGUUAUUUGGACAUUUUCGAGGCUUGUAGAAUUUAUGAUUCCUUCUCUUGUACAAUUCGUUUGCAAUGGAUUUUUGGAGGCUGACUCUACUGAUCACUCUGCAAUUAACUUGGCACGCCCGCGGUGAGGAGGGCCUGUUCUUCCAGCCGGAGAACCAGCUGACGACCGAGUCCCACGCCUCGGUCUGGCUCGGUCCCAGCAGCGAGACCCUUUCGGACGUGUCGGUCUGUGCGUGGAUCAAGGUGCAGUACUUCCGGGAGAGCGCCUCCUACUUCUGCUCCUACGCCGUCACCGACCAGAGGAAUAACGAGCUCAAUUUUGGCAUUAAGAGCACCAGGAUGUUCAUAGCCAUCGGAGGCAGGUACCUCUACGCAGACGGGACGAGGCUGUACCCGGACGAGUGGUACCACGUGUGCUUCGUGGCCAACAGCGAGAACUCCACGGGGACAUUUUACCUCAAUGGCAAGAGGAACGGCGUGAAGAACCUGCCUCGCCAGUGCCUCCUCCUCAACGGGUCACUCGUGCUGGGUCAGGAGUCAGACAAGGUCGCCGGGGGAUUCCAGGCUCUGCAGUCCUUCAGUGGCAUCAUUUCGGGGUUCAACCUAUACUCCCGAAGCCUCCAGGAAUCGGAGGUCAAGGAACUGUCCGAGUGCUCGAAGCAGGUUCCCGAGGGUGACGUGGUCAGCUGGUCCUCGACUGAGUGGGAGGUUGAAGGCCCAGUGGUAAAGGUGAACCUCACCCGGGAGGAUCUCUGUCCCAAGAGGAGAUUUAGAUUCACCGUCUUCCCGAAACGCUACGAAGAAAAGGCAGCGAAGAGCCUCUGCAGAAAUCUUAAGUCUACCCUGGCGACGCCCAGAACCCCCGAAGAAAACGGAGUGCUGUUCAAAAAGGCCGCCCAUUUUGCGUCUGUCUGUCAGCCUCCAAACCACGCCACAGGGUUCUUCUGGGUGGGAACCAAGAGGGAGAAAGACGAAUGGGUGGAUGCGGAGGGCGCGCCCAUGAACUACACAAACUUCGGCGACUGGAGUAUGGGCGGCUACAGGUGCGCGAGCUUCCUCCUGCCGCGCUACAGAGGCAAGUGGACCGACGUGCCCUGCGGGAGGUAUGGCUUCUGCGCCGCGUGCGAGGAGGCCCGUCCGGUGGCGCUGAGGAUGAGGGGCUUCUGCAGCGACGACUACAAGGACACCCUCUUCAGGCUCGAUACGGAUCCCGCGACGAAUCUGCCGGCUUUUAGAGGCUUCACGAAGUACCAGAUCAAGUACGGCGAGGACAGGAAGUGGCACCUCCUCAACAUGUGGACGGAGGAGACGGUGGCUACGCUCUUCUCCUUCGACGCGUCCUUGCCUCUAGGACUCAAGGACUGGAGGAUCACCACGAGUUCGGAGAUCUGCGGCAGACAGGAGGGCUCCACCCACCGCCUCGCCCUCACCGCCUGCCGCGACAACGAGUACAGCUGCGGCGACGGCACCUGCAUCAGCGUCGAGAGCCGCUGCGACCUGCGGGUGGACUGCCCGGACAACAGCGACGAGACCAGCUGCGACAAGCUGGUUCCUCCGCAGGACUAUUUGCUCCAGCUGCCUCCGCCGGGGGUCGAACCGGGGCCUCUGGGGCUGAACCUGUCCAUCGUUAUCAGAGGCUUCUCAGAGGUGGACAUCCGGGACAUGGACCUGAGCGUCGACUUCGCCACGACGAUCACCUGGAUCGACCAGCGCCUCAAGUACAAGAACCUCAAGAUGCUUCCGGAAUUCAACUACAUUGAUCCAUCAGCCGUGUGGAAGCCGGAAGUGGACCUGGACAACGCCAUCUUCCCCGACAUCCACCGAACACCUCCUGUGAUCAGCGCCCUCAGGAUGUCUCCUUCUGAGCCGGAUGACGCGCCGUCGCCGUCAAUGACGAGAUGUACGAAGGCUCAAAACCCCCCUGAGCUUCAGCCAGAAGAUCAAGGCCCCCUUCUCGUGCAACAUGGAGCUCCAGAUGUUCCCCUUCGACACCCAGCACUGCCAGAUGCAACUCAGGAUCGCGUCGAUGAGGAAACUUCUGCGGUGGAGGAAGCUGGAGGUGGUGUACGAGGGAGAGGUCACGACCGCCGAGUACGUGGUGGCCGCAUCAUGACCAUCGACCACCGUAGCACCAACAACUACAGCGUCGCCGUCGUGGGCUUCGUCUUCUCCCGCCAGUACAGCUACUACAUGACCUCCGCCUUCCUGCCGUCCAUCAUGCUGAUGCUCGUGGGAUACGCGUCCCUCUUCUGCAAGCGCGAGAACCGGGACCUCCGGGUGAUGAUGUCCCUGACGACGCUGCUGGUGCUCUACUCGCUCUACCAGCAGGUCGAGGACGGGCUCCCCUCGACGUCGUACACGAAGGCGAUCGACGUCUGGUUCUUCUUCGCGAUCUCUUUCAUCUUCGCGCAGGUGAUCCUCCACGUGGCCAUCGACGUGCGCGUGCCCCUCCCGACGCGGUUCCCGAAGCCCACGACGGUCUUGCCCAUCAACGAGAUCCCCAGCAAAGAUGUUCCCUCGAGGUCCUGCUGGAGGCCCCUGAUAGCGGCGCGGGUUCUUCUUCGCCGUCGUCUUCGCCCUCUUCAUGGCCGUCUUCUGGAUGGUGGUGCUGAAGUUUAAUGACGGCGAGGGGAAUAUCUUGGGGUUGUAAUGUUUUU